CUUUCUCUAACUCUAUAUUUUUCUCUCUUUUUUAUUUAGAAGCUAGCACCUGAAUUUAACCAGACCGCUUUAUUAAAACAGACACGAACGUUUUUUUUAUAUACAUAUAUAUUUUUUUUUUUUAUCGGCGCGGGACUUUACGCAUGAGGCCCAGACUCAGUCAGAGGAGUUUUACUAUUUCAUCUUUUUUGUUUUAGCACAAACACGGAUUUGUAAACCGUGACUGCUGAAGGUAAAUCGCGGUUGUUAAAAAAAUAAAAUGAAAAAGUUAGAUUAGCGAGGUGUACAACGCAAUUCUCAGAUCUUGACGCUUAUUUUUAAUAUGAAUAUUAGUUUUUUUCUCACCGUUUUUUAUUACUGUACAAUUUACUACACCGAUUUUAUGACGAAAUAUCGCAUUUAUGAUCUGUGUUUGUAAUUAUCUAAUUUUUCGUUAAAAAACGACAAUUAUAACAUCUUUUUAUUCCCAUUUAUUCUCCAUUUUUUAUUUUCUCUCUGAAAGUUUUUGAGUGUGCGUAACUCCUGGACCUUUUCCUUUGUUGUCCUGAAAAGGAUCCUUUCCGACUCGAUACCUUAUUAGCGGGAAGUAGAUUAAAGAUCAAACAGCUGAAGUCAAAACGUGUUCGUGGGGAUGAGGACGGGACAAGAGACAGGAAUGAGUUGUGACAAGUCCCGAGGUUCAGCGCCUCUGUCAAAGUUGCGCUCUGGUGCGUCAACCCGGUGAUUCACCAGCACCGAGGAGGAGGAAUAACCAGGAAAGAAGAAGAGACAGGGAUGAAAAGGAGGGCAGGAAAAUGAGUUAAAAGGAAGAAAAAAAGAGGAGGAGGUGGAGGAGGUACAAAAAGGCUCCGCAGUCUGUCACACAGACCACACAAGUGAGAGGAUCGUUUUUGCGUUUAAACCGAGAAAAGUUAUUUCAUUAAAAAGUUAUAAUAAUUGUAUAAAGGAUCAAGACAGAGCAUCAUCUGCAUUUUUCCAUCUUCCACCGAGCAGAAGGGAGCAGGUUUUUACUGAACACGUGAUGAAAAGUUUGUCUGUUCAAUCUGCAAGGAAGCUGUGAACGGAAUAAGAUGAAAUGCUUCAAGGGAGUCAAUCACCUGCUGGCAUUGCUACUGGCUGCUGCUGCGGCGUGGAGUGUGGAUGCUUUUCACAGCCUGGCCACUGAGAGGAAAUCCAUUGAGAGUACUUAUGAGCUGACCAAAUACUUGGAGUACCAGCUUAAGGAAAUUAAAGAUGUAUAUCUGACCUACCUGGGCCCUCCAUUCAACGAGAAGGACUUCUCUCCACCUCGCCCAAACAGCACAGCUCUGAGUCAGGCCAGUGCUGCCACUCAGCUGGAGCAGUGGCAUGGCCUGGAGAACCAGGCCCGGCUUGCCCAGAACCAGAGGGCUUAUUCUAUCUUGUUGGCAGCUGUCAGAGAGCUGGCCCGCUCCACUCUCUGCCCAUCGCUCAAGACCUCCCUGUUGCACUUCUGCAUGGGGCUGGAUGGGCUUCUGGGCUCAAUUUCUGCACUGAUGAACACCACACUCGGUUAUUCAUCAUUGUCUCCGUCUACAAAUGGUGGAAAUAUUGGUGCUGAGCUGCAAUCCUUGCAGGAAGGUGCCAUCCAACCAGCUCCACUUAUGAGCCACAGCCUGUACAGGUCAAGAACAAGCUCCAGAGCAGAAUUUGGUCAGCGAAGUAAUCCAAAAAAAAGUGGGGCAAAAGGGAUUAAACGAGAGAGGGAAGAUGGAGUCAAAGUGGACUUGCUGGAAAAAAGGAGAGGAAAAGAGGGGAGGGGAGGAGAGGAGAGCAUCGCAGGUGGGAGGAGUAGUCGAUUUAGAGAGAAGGGUAGAGGAAGAAGAGAUAAGAGGGAAGAGCCUGGGAGCAGAUUGGCUGAAAAAAAGACAGCAGGUGAGGAGGAAGCAGAGGAGCAAAAUGAAGAGGUGGAAAAAUGGGGAAUGCGGAGAAGGCUCCUGAGCUUUGAUAAGGAAGAAGAAGAAGAAGAAGAAAGGCAUCCUUUAUUCAAGGUUGAAGUGUCAUAUCAAGAAACAGGCAGGACGACAAACCAGCAAAACAACAAGAAUCAGUUUAGCUUCAACAUGAAUUCGCACCACCUGGACACUGUAAGGGAGGAAGAUGGAUUUAUCUUUGAAAGAAACAAGGGGUUACUGAUUGAGGACAAGAAGAAAACAGACACAGGUGUCAUCUCUUCCUCCUUCCAUCAUCAGCAGCAUCGACCCCCUCGCUCCAUCUUCUCUCCAACCCUGCAACCUCCAAUUUCCACCCUGUCUCUCCUGUACCAGUAUGGAAUCGGUGAGGGUCACACUCUCCUCCCCCAGAGUGUGCCUCUUUCUUUACAAAGGGGCACCUCCCUUCUUUCACCUCCAUUGAGUCCUCUCUUCCCUUCCUCCACCGUAUCAGCCUCCUCUUCGCUUCUGUCCGUGCAGCCAACCAUGAAUGACUUUGCCAGAAAGGUAGAAGGCUUCUGGAUACUGCGAGAGCUGCAGAGCUGGCUGUGGCGAUCAGCAAAGGACUUCAAUCGCCUCAAGAGGAGACUCAGAGGCUGAGACAUCUAGAAGCAAAUGGACUUCAGGACUCGUGAAACUCAUAAAAAUAGACUUUAACGCACCCAUGCACAAUGCAGUGAUUCAUGUUGGACUGGAAUUAAUGAAUGAAGGACCAGGACUUGCUAGAAUACAGACUCACAAAGCCGUGGCGUUACCAGCAGUGCCAGUGAUGCACACUGAGCGAAACUCACGGACACUUGGAGUCACGGCUCAUAGAUCAACAAAAAAAUCAUUCUGGAGGUGGCUAGACACACAUAGAGUCAAAGGUCAGGCCAUGCUACAGACACUGCAGCCAUUGAGCGAAAACAAUUUCAGUGACCUCAUAUGUGUGAAUCAGCAAACAUUCAUUUUCUCUAAAGGAAGAGGGAACAUUUUUCUGAAUGAAUAGAAGACAAAAGGAGAGGAAACGGAGCCGGAGGGGUGAUGAUGGCAGCAAGUAGAGACGAAAAGAGGUAUGAGUCAGGCGAUGGGGGCUGGAUGUAUUGCUGAGUAAAGACUAAUCAGGACUUACAGUAAUCCUACAGCACGUUGCACACAGUGAGCAGACACAAAGGUCAAAAACACCUGUUAUGGUAUUUUAUGCCAUAACUUACCAUUCACUACUAUCCUGCUCAAACCUUCCACUACCUGUUAAUCCUUCACUUUUGGGCAGUUUUAUAAUUAUUGCUGUUCUAUAGUAAAUCUUAUUUCCCCCUUAACCCAACUGUGAAAACUGAGCUUUAAUCUUUAAAAGACAUGUGAUAAUGAAAACUGCAUUUUUCGACAUGGAUAAUAAAUUCCAAAUGAUGAAUUAAUGCGUUAAACUUCCAUAGGAAUGAUAGAGGCUUCAGAUUUUUAAAACUACUUUAAAGAAAUAAUGUUUUUUAACUAGAUGAGAUUCUGACAGCUUUAAAAGUUCGGACUGGACCAGGCUAGCAUUUCUGGCUGAUGUCAAGCAUCAUUUUGAUAGCCAUACAAAGCACCACAGUUGCAGGACCUGUACUUAUUAUCGUAUUUUCCACACUAUAGGGCACAUUGGAUUAAAGGGUGCAUCAUCAGUGUUUUAUUUUGGUACUUAUGUUGUAUUAAAGGCGCACCAAACUAUAAGGCGCAUUAAGUGAGACAAAAGAGUCAGAGAUAAGUCCAUCAGUCAAUCCGAUUUUCUUAACUGUAUUCACAGUAGCUCUAGAACUGGUGUGCCACAUUAAAAAUGUUAGUGUAUUCACAUUACGACCAAAACAAACGCUGCUGUGGCUACCCUUUCUCCCAACCUUGUUCUUUAUAUGUCUACACAUUAUCUGCGUCAGCGUAUUUACAAAGCACCCAACCUUGUUCGCAACACGUAAAAAAACAGACUGACAUUUCAGAAUCACUUCAACAUCAGUGAGCACAACCAGAGUAAAUCCAGAUGUAAGGAACUCUGGAUUAAAAGGCGAUAGGUCUUUUUUUUAUUAAAAAAAAAAAAGAGGGCUUUUAAGUGUGAAAAAUAGGGUUCUAUGAACAAUAAUAUAUUAUAGAAAUAUAAAAAAGAUGAAGUGGGCAACUUAGUAUGAAUUAUUAUAGUCAGAGUUAAAAUACAAUACUGCAGAAUAAAAAAUCUAUUGAUAAAAUUCCAUUACAAGACCUUUUAAUAUUCUCUGUUGUAGAUACUGUGCAAUUGAAAUCAACAGUUAGAUUUUUUUGUGCCAUCCCAAGGCUCUCAGUGAGCAGAACACAGUGAAAUUUUAAAGACUCGACAUAGGGCCCUUUUUUUUACAUAUAAAGAGAAGCAAAGUCUGGAGCAGUGGUGACUUUGCUUGAAGGACGCAUCUUUCAACAAAACUGUGAUCAUCCGUUUCUCAGACAAAGUCCGUCUCCCUGCUGUGGCAGGUAGCCACAUACCAAAAAUCAAGCACAGCAUUACGUUCUUAGCCUUCUAUGUCAAAACGGCGUGUCGGAAAUUGUAGGUGGCGCCACCAAGACAGUCAAAUAUCCUGCCCACAUUGUGAAGUAAAAACAAAAUGCCCAAUACUGGUGCUGAGCACUGUUUAAAUGUAUUUACAGAAAAAAGUUCAUUUUACUGUAACAAUCUGAAAGUAUUCAUUCGUCAACACCCACAUAGCCAACCCAGAACCUCGGUGAGUCUGGACCUACUUACGCAAGUCGGAUGAGUCAAUCUGUGUAUAUAACCUAUAAACCACAGAGUAGCUCUCUUUGAAGCUUUCUCCUGAACGCCGAACAAAUAUCCGUUGGUCAAAAUGACAGGUACAUCUCCUAGAAAAGAGUGGCUGCAGGGAGCAUUAUGAUAACAUUCCACCUUAAAUAAUAUUCCCAGAGGGUUUGGUGUAUCCUUGCUGUCUUCAGACCAAAACAGAGUAGUUAGCCUUACAGGACACUACAUUUACAUGGCCACAAUGCAAAACGCUUCCUGUCUUCACAUCCCAUAAGUACAAUAAAUCAGACAUUGUGACCUUUUCUCCAAGUGAGUUCAAAGGUUUCUUAAACAGAAUAAAUCUGUUAGAAAUGUGCCUUAGAAAUUUUUGUUGAGAUUGUGGAUCAUAUUGACACUAUUUAUUGAACAAAAUUUGUAUUUAUUUUUUUUCCUGUGUGAAAAUACCGUAUUGUAACUUGAGAGAGAAUAAAUACAAGCUUUUGUACACAA